AUGGAAUGGUCACCUAGAGAACGUCCAGAGGAUGAUUGUGAUGAGGGGGAUGGUGAAGAAGUUGAUGUGGAUACAGAAGAGAAUCACCAUCAAAACCAUCAUCAACAACAAGGGAUGUCAGAUUUUUUGAUGUUGAUGAGUGGAAGACAUCAACAACAACAAAACUUACUUGCCCAGCAACAAUGGGCCAUGUUUAAUGACCAAAAUAAGAAUGGUGGAAUUCCAGAAAUACAACAACAACCAAGUAAAAGUACAAGUCCAACUUCCUCUUCCAACAAUCCAAAGGAUAAGGAAGAAGAUGAAAAUGAAGAGAAGAAGGUGAAUGGGGGGAUAAAUGAAAGAAGAGAGAAGAAGAUAGUUAAAAAAAGAAAAUUUUGGUCUAUUGCGGAUACUUUGGGAAAUGAAGAUGAUAAGAAGGAGGAAGAUAAAGAGGAGGAGGAAGAGAUCAACGGAUGUACUAAACAACCUGAAUUUAGUAGAAAUGCGGUUUCUUUGUCUUCUUUUCAUCAUUUGAGGCCGGAAACGACCGAAAAGGUGGAUAUUUUUGGAAGACAUAUCUUAGGAACUAGGGUUGUCAGUUAAUGAAAAUUCUUCUCAUAUCCGAAACUUAAGGGGCUGGUUUAAUAGGGGGACAAAUGAGAGAGGAGAAAAGAAGAUAGUUAGAAAAAUCCUCUUCUAACAAUCCUCUUCUAGCAACUGAAGAACCGAACCGAAAAAUCCUCUAGAACCGACAACCAUACUCAGGACAAUCGAAAAAUCUUUAGGAAACAGAUCUCGUUCUGAAUUUAAAAUCCGAAGGGUAGGUGAAAGAA